CGGGGUUUCUUUCUCUCAUAUGAUUGGAGUCGGUAAUACUAUUUGGUUUUAGAGAUCUACUGAACGAUCUCGCACUGGAACAAUUCAUCCCGGUCAAACAUUGUAGAUCAAUCAGCCGAUACUUUGUCGUUUUUCCGAUCCUUGUUUUGUUUCGAUUUCAUGAAAUCCGGGAUACGAUCAUACGGAGACAGGGACCAUAAGAGAGAACUUACUACAUCAGAAUGGAGGAUCAGAAAAAUGGCACUUUAUCCAUUGUAAUGUACCCUUGGUUUGCCAUGGGACAUCUCACUGCAUUUCUUCAUUUGUCAAAUAAGCUUGCUGACAAAGGCCACAAGAUUUCUUUCAUCCUGCCAACGAAAACACAGUCAAAACUACAACAAUUCAAUCUUCAUCCGGACCAUAUCAACUUCAUCCCACUUGAUGUCCCACAGGUUGAAGGUCUUCCUCCUGGUACUGAAACCACAGCUGAUAUUCCUCCUCAGUUGCAACCGCUGUUGCGGCUAGCAAUGGACAGGACACAAUCAAUGAUUGAAUCUCAGUUUAAGCAGAUCAAACCCCACGUUGUUUUCUUCGAUUUCACGCAUUGGUUGCCGGCAUUGGCUCGCCAGUUCGGCAUUAAGUCCCUUGCUUUUGUCACGAUUAGCCCCGCAACCGUGGCCUAUACAUUUCGCGAAGAACAGACCACGGAUGCUGAAUUAUUGAAACCUCCAUCUGGCUUCCCUUCUUCCUCUAUGAUUCUCCGCACUCAUGAAGCAAUCGGAUUGAAUUCAGCUGGGAAGCUGGUAGAGAUCGAAACAGGGUUAUCGUUCCUGCGGCGACUUUUGAUAGGUAUCAAGGACUGCGAUGCGAUUGGAUUCAAAUCUUGUAGAGAGAUGGAUGGACCCUAUUGUGAUUACAUCGAAAAGAAGUUCCAAAAGCCAGUGAUUCUUGCCGGCCCGGUCGUGCCAGAGAAACCAAAUUCGAAGUUGGACGACAAAUGGGCAGAGUGGUUGAAGGGUUUCAAGGAUAAAAGCGUGAUUUAUUGCGCAUUUGGAAGCGAAGUCAGGCUUCAAAAGGAUCAGUUUGAAGAGCUGAUUCUGGGAUUUGAAAUGACAGGGCUUCCGUUUUUCGCUGCCCUGAAACCACCUGUUGGGUUUGACACAAUGGAGAUGGCACUUCCAGAUGGAUUUGAAGAAAGGAAUCAUGGAAGAGGCAUUGUUUAUGGUGGUUGGGUGCAGCAACAGCUUAUUCUGGCACAUCCUGCAGUGGGAUGCUUUGUUACGCAUUGCGGUUCGGGUUCGUUAUCAGAGGUCAUGGUAAAUGAUUGCCAGAUUGUGCUGUUACCGCAAUUUGGUGAUCAAUUCAUCAAUGCAAGACUGAUGAGCAAAGAACUCAAAGUUGGGGUUGAAGUGGAGAAAGGAGAUGAAGAUGGAUUGUUCACGAAGAAGGGUGUGUGUGAAGCAAUAGAAACGGUGAUGGAUCAAGACUGUGAGAUUGGAAGUGAGGUGAGGGCUAAUCAUGCUAAAUGGAAAGAAUUCUUCUCAAGAAAAGGGCUUGAGAGUUCUUACAUUGAUGAGUUUAUUGAUAAGCUCCGGGGAUUAGCAGCUUAACUAAGUAGUUCAAUCUCAAAUUCUCAACGAAAUGGAACCAAUUGAAUUUUUUGCUUGGGAUAGUCUUACAAUUUGAGACUAGACACUCCUCCCCC